AUGAAGGCCUUAACCGGGUCACCAUCUCUGAAAGUGGGGUGUUUGGAGAAGGAAAGAUGGAAACUUUUUUGGUCCCAAAGGCCUGAAAUUUGCUUUCUUGGACUGCCCGGUGGGAGGCGUAGUGGUAAAUUUAGCUGCUUGUCAUCAUUUGAACGCAAAAACAUUCGGCCCAUUUUUGCUGCUUCUUCUGAUCUCUCAUCAUCAGCUUCAAACUCUCAGACAGAGUUUCAAUGUGAAGAAAUGGAGUCCACCUCCACAGAUGAUUUCAAAACUGCCCGCGUAAAAUUUCAAUUACAAAGACAGUGCUCGUUUGGCCAGCACUUUUGGGUAGUUGGUGAUGAUCCCAUAUUGGGUUCAUGGGAUCCAUCAAAUGCAGUGCCGCUCACCUGGUCAGACGGGCAUGUUUGGACUGUUGAGAUGGAUUUUCCGUGUGGGAAAUCUAUCAACUACAAAUUCAUACUGAAAGGAGCUGGUAAUGCUAUCUUGUGGCAACCUGGCCCUGAUAGGGUUCUAGAUGUAUGGGAAACAAGCAACACGGUAACAGUUUGUGAAGAUUGGGAUAAUAUUGAACUUCGGAAGAUUAUGGAGGAGGAACUCUUAGCUGGGGAACGAGGAGAAUCUCCAACUGAUACAGAAGUGCUGAUAGCUGAGAAUUCGAUUCAGGAAAGGAUAGACACAGAUGCUAAUGCAAAUGAACCUGUUCAGAUAGUUGCGGAAAAUAUAACUGGUGCUGAUGAGGAUGUUAAUGCUAGUAAUGCAUCUGGUUCGAGUUCGAAUGAUGCCACUUAUAUAGAAGAGACUGUGACAUCAGGACCGACUGAUUUUGGCAAAAGCGGGACAGCAGUGCACGGUGGGAAUUUAAGUUCAAACGGUGAAGCACGUUUAGAUUUUGAUGAAGGGCUCGCUAUUUUGGUUCCUGGCUUGCAUCAAGUUUUAUCGGUGGAGACUGAAGCAAUGCCAUCAAACGAAAUUCAGGUGGAAACUGUUGCUGAAAAUUCGCUUGGCCCCCGUGAAGCUGAGGAGUUCAAGUUGCAAGAGGAGCGCUUAGAGGUAACUGCUAAUAUUUGA